GGGGGCGGGGGGAAGCCCGCCGGGGACUUUCCGUGCCUCGCUGGGGACCGGGGGGAGCCGCCACCAUCUCGGCCGCUGCUUCGGCCUCCCCGGGCCUGUGCGCCCAGCGCGGGGCUGGGAGCUCCGCCUCGGCCCCCGCCUUCCCCUCUCAGCGCUGCUCGUGGGUGCCGGGAACCGCAGCUGCUGCCCUGGGGUGUCGGCAGAGAGCGGUGACUCCCCCACCACCACCGAGAGAAGGCGUGGGGGGGAGCGAAACUGGAAGCAAACUGAGUCAGAAGCCCCGGAGCAGCGCGGUUCUCACGGGUUCUGGGUGAUUGGCCAUCCCAAGUACCAAGGAUCCCAAAGAAUUGCAGUCUUCCUGAGCAUGCCAGAUGAAAUCCAAACUGAAGAAAUCAUUAAGGACAUUUUUAAGCAAGGCAAAGAGUGUUUCAUCCCACGUUACAAACCUCAGAGCAACCAAAUGGACAUGCUGAAGUUAUCAUCAGCUGAAGACAUUUCUUCACUUACUUUGACAUCCUGGAACAUUCUUCAGCCUCGUGAUGAUGACAGCACAAGAGAGGAAGCUCUUGCUAGUGGGGGUCUUGACCUUAUCUUCAUGCCAGGCCUUGGGUUUGACAAAAAAGGCAACAGAUUGGGAAGAGGGAAAGGAUAUUAUGAUACCUAUCUUGAAAGAUGUAUGAAACACCCCAGUGGUAAGCCUUACACAAUUGCCUUGGCUUUUAGGGAACAGAUUUGUGAAUCAGUGCCUGUGGCAGAAAAUGAUGUCCAAGUAGAUGAAAUCCUUUAUGAAGACUGCUGAAAGUAUCUUGAUACCAACCAACCUUCAGAGUGACCAACCAAAGACAUCGGAUCCAUCAAUCAUGACUUUGAGAGUCAUAUAUGACUUUGGGAGUAAUGAAAUACAGUAUCUGUGCUUGGGGAAAAAGCAAACAAAGAAAAAACAAACAAAAAACCAAACCAACACUGUGAAUGCAGUAGUGAGGAUUGCAUUGAUUGCUUCUAAUUAGAAAAUAUCUGGUGUGAAUUCUUAUUCUAGAAUCAAUAGGAACAAGAAUGUGUGACUGUAUUACAGUAAGGACCAUUUCUUAUUACCAUCCUUUUGGGAAGCAAGCUACUUCAUACUUAAUAGUUUUGUAAUUACAGCGAACUAUCUGCUAAUGCAGUUCUUGAUCCAUUCUGAACUAGAUACUUUUUGUAUAAGAAGUUCUUAGUUUUUAAAUAUUAUGUGCAUCCAUGAGGAAAACAAGAAAAUGCCAGAGAAGUCAUACAGUAAGCUGGGCAAAAUAUGGUGAUUUCAGUAAUAAUUUUGACUAUUUACUUGGCUCCUUGAAGUUGUCUUAAGAUAAAAGUAGUAUCUGUUAACUGAAAAGGAUUCAUGUCCAUAUCUGUGGCAUAUGAAUUCCUUUAUUUGAAUACAAGAUUGUACCGUAGUCUAGAAUGCAGUCAGUGAGUUCUCCACCUGGAAAAACACAGCUCUUUUUUUGUAAAAGAAUAUUCAAAAUUAUUAUAAUUUUGCACAUGGGCCAUUCAUAAUGUCCCAAAAUACUGUGUUAAGUGUGGAUGCUGUGCUUAAGACUGAAGAGAUGAUAAGAAUUACAGAGAACAGGUUUUGUGGGUGGAAAUUUGGUUGUUCCAUACAUCUGCAAACCAUCCUGGAAAUCAGGAAGAAGAUAGCAAAUACAUACUGCACACUGUCCAAGUAAUAGGACGCAGUAUUUACUUCAGGCUCAAUCAAACUGUCAAAAUUUUGUGUUUCUUCUCCAGUACAACGUCACUUUUUCUGUAUGUGUUUAACUUUGCCCUCAGUCAAUAAAUCAGUGCAUUCAUUUUCACCAAACUAAUAUGUGUAAUUGUUUUUAAAAUCCAUUAAUUUUCAAGGACCAGCUGCGGAACAGAAUGACCUCAAGACUUCCUCAAUAAUGACUGAUUUUGUGAACAAAACUGUACCUACAGUACAUACCAACCUUUUCAUCUUGGAAUUCUUGUAUUAAGUUUUAUUUUCAUUUUGCCAAUACAGUAACUAAUUAAGCCCUCUUGCUCUGGGGUGAAUCAAGUCUCUCUGGCCUGUUCUCUGAGGUGCUUCUCCAUCCUGUGUUUGCAAAGAUCCAUCUGGCAGGGGUGGAAGACCCCUUCAGCAUUGGCCUGCUGGGCUUCCUGCCAGCGUGCACAGAAAACCUGUAACCUGAACAUGACAGCUGGAAGCAGUUUGCAA